AUGGCCCUUAGAUCUCUGCCAAAGUCCCUGAAACUUGCCUCAGCUCAUUCACGCAUUUAUACUGCACCUUCUUUGUUUCAGUUAAAAAAGCAAUAUUCAGCAACAACAGAAGCUACCACAGAAGCUACUACAAAAUCCACACCACCUGAAACAGAAAGUAAUCAAGACAAGACGAUAAAAGAGAAAAAAGAAGAGAAAGAGAUUGGAUAUGCAUAUGGUGCUCAUCACUGGAAUAUGGAACGAGGAGCAGCUGUGGCAUUAAUCCCAUUGAUUAGCACUCAAUUAGUUUACGGCGCUCAUCCUAUUGUCGAUGGCCUAUUUGGCGUUGUUUUACCAUAUCAUGUAUACCUUGGAUUUGAAUCAUGUAUUAUAGAUUACAUCCCAAAGAGAGAAUAUCCUAGACUUCACAAAGCGGCGAAAUGGUCUUUGGGAACUGCAACAGGCUUAGUGAUGUGGGGAUGCUAUGAGUUUAAUACGAAUGAUAUUGGAAUUACUGAAUUUAUGCAAAGGCUUUUUGCGGCCUAAGUUAAUGAAAAUAAUAACAAUAGAGUCUAUUUUUUUUUUCUCCCUUGUAAAAUUCGGUCAAAGAUAUUUAAUAAAAAAAUACAAAAGAUGGGC